GGAGGAGAGAGCUGGGGAGCUGAGGAGCAGAGGCGGGCGCCGCACCGCCCCGCGCCCCGCACGCUCACUGGCUCCGGAGACGCGCGGGCGGGCUCCUGGGCGCACUGGCUGGGUCACCUUGUCCGGGAGGAGAAAUGGGUCCCAUGAGGCAAGUGUGACCCUGGAGUGCAGCCUGCCAGCCUUACACCCAGUUGAGGAGGGAGAGCACCAUGGAUGGCAUAACUGAACAGAAGAGUGUGCUGGUGCACAGUAAAAUCAGUGAUGCUGGCAAGAGGAAUGGCUUAAUUAACACCAGAAACUUCAUGGCUGAGAGCAGAGAUGGCCUGGUGUCUGUUUACCCAGCACCACAGUACCAGAGCUGCCGGGUGGUGGGCAGUGCAGCGCCAGCCACCCUGGACAGCAGCAGGAGUGAGCCAGUACAGCAGCUGCUGGAUCCCAACACCCUUCCGCAGUCUGUGGAGUCCCAUUUCCGUCCCAACAUCAUCCUCUACUCAGAGGGUGUGCUGCGCUCCUGGGGGGAUGGCGUGGCUGCCGACUGUUGUGAGACCACCUUCAUUGAGGACCGGUCGCCCACCAAAGAGAGCCUGGAGUACCCUGAUGGGAAGUUCAUUGACCUCUCGCCUGACGACAUCAAAAUCCACACACUGUCCUACGACGUGGAGGAGGAGGAGGAAUUCCAGGAGCUGGAGAGUGACUACUCGAGUGACACAGAGAGUGAGGACAACUUCCUCAUGAUGCCCCCAAGGGACCACCUGGGCCUCAGCGUCUUCUCCAUGCUCUGCUGCUUCUGGCCUUUGGGCAUUGCAGCCUUCUACUUGUCCCACGAGACGAACAAAGCCGUGGCCAAGGGCGACUUCCACCAGGCCAGCACUAGCUCCCGGCGGGCCCUGUUCCUGGCUGUGCUAUCCAUCACGAUUGGAACUGGUAUCUACGUGGGCGUGGCUGUGGCCCUCAUCGCCUACCUCUCCAAGAACAACCACCUAUGAGCUUCCUCCAGGCACAUAGGAGAAGAAUCUGGGGCCAGUUGUGCAGAUGCACAGAAGGCAGGGCUGGCAAGGGGAGGACACACAGAUACACCUGUGUGAUGCUGUACACUAUAAAUUAUUGCCAAACGACUCCAUAAAGCCCUGGGAUUUUCUACCCAUGGGUUUCUUUUGUUUUUACCCUUUAAUUUCAUUUUCACAGCACUGUGUAGAGCACGAGGCACAUGGGCACUGCUGACCCUUCCAAAGGGAAGCUCCAAAGAUCCUGACCCUCAAGGCCGUCUCUGGAUGGAUUCUGGUGGAUUCAUGACAGUGCAGCUCUCUCUGCAGCCUGCCAGUGCCUGGAAUGCCAUAGCAUUAGCAAUACACAACAAUUCAAAUGUGUUUAUUUUUUAUGGAAUAUGGUGCAAUAGGCAGAGGGCAGAGGACUCGUCACUUCUGUCUGUGGCCCUGCUUCACUCCUCCGUCAUUUUCCCUGUCCACGAUCCUUCCCUGCAGGAAGAAAAUGGGGCUGGCAGGAAGAGAGACAGAACUGCUCGCAGUCCUCCCAGCUGCCACUGGUCUUCAGAUGGGUCCAGCCCUAAAAAUGGAAGUCCAGAAUCACAUGGGGUCUGUCUCCAGGCCCAGUGGACACUCCCUCCAUGCUGCCCCCAGCCUAGGAACAUUGGGCCUCCUUUGGAUAUGUCCAAAUUCAGCAGCCACCACGCAGCAAUAUGCAGUCUUGGGGCCUCGUUGAUCUAGGGUGGGGGGCAGGCCACAGUCCCUCCCGAGACCCCUCCCAGAAAGACCCUGAAAUUUGCUCCAGGAACUGUAGGCAAAGGAGCUGUGGAUACCAUCUCAGCAUAAAGAUGCCUGUGUUGACACUCACCCUGGUGAUGAGCAGUGACACCAGUGAUCUUUAAAAGGAAAUGAACCUUCCCUGUCGACUAAAUGAAUAGCUAUUUUCUUGUCAUUUUUUUAAGUGCAACUACUGCUUCAUGCUGCUUAAGUUAUCCGAUGAAUGCUGAGAAAU